AUGGCAAAUAUGGAGCAUGUGGCCAAGUGCCUGCUGGUAAUGGCAGUGAUAUUCCUCGCUGCAGUCGGUGGUGGUGGUGGUGGUGGCCACGCUGAAGCGACACCUACCCAUAUUUGCAAUGUCACGAUAGCUGAACUUGCAGAAUGCCUCCCGGCAAUUACCGGCAAAUCACCCCCGGAGCCCAGCGAUGAUUGUUGCAAGGCCUUGCGCAAGUCUGAUUUGCACUGUCUUUGCAAGCACAAAUCACAGCUAAGCAAUCCCUCAAAGGCGAUGGAGUUGCCUGGCAAAUGUGGCCUUGAGCUACCACACGAAUGCCAGUGGUCUGGUCUCUUUUGUGUUUUAGGCCUUUUCGCCGCAAAAGCAACAGAAAGAAAGACGCUGUCACAGUAG